AUGGCAACAUCCACCGAUUCAAACAAGUUACAGCUUCCCGAUAGCUUUUUAUCUGCUCCUCCAAAACGAGGAAGUACUCCUGGUCGACAACAAGGGCGCAUAGUCGUCGUUGCAUACGAUGAAACUCGUGCUAGCGACGCCAUCCUCGAUCGUGUUAUUCGAACAGGGUUACUUGAACCUAAUGAUGACAUCCAUCUCGUGCAUAUUCUUCAACAAAGCGAUUUCUUUUCCAGCCUGACACCAAAAAACCUAUCAAGCAACCUGUAUCACAACAUGCCUGCUGGCUACGACAUGAACGUAGGAAGGUCAUCCAACGGUAGCGAUAGUGACCUUGUAAAGAACGUCAAAGAAGAUUUGCUAUUAGCUGUUGCCGAUGUACUCAGGAAGCAUUCGUUCAAUAACGUACAUUGCGAGGUCAUUCAAGGUGACCCAAAGGAAUCUCUUGUCGACUACUGUCGUAGCGUACACCCACUAAUGAUGAUGACUGGCUCACGUGGUUUUGGUAAAGUCAAAAGCUCCAUCUUGGGAUCGGUAUCCGAAUACCUCACAAAGCAUUGCCCUUGCCCUGUGAUGAUUGUCAAGGUGACCGAAGCCGAAAUCGAAGCCCGUAAUAAGAUGAAUGAAGAAAAGCAGAAAACGUUCAAGCAGAGACUAGCUGAUAUGGGUCUUACAAUGUGA